AUGUCAUCUUCCAACUUACCUUUCACAAGGUUACAGAAGGAAACCGAAGUGGCCAUAUUGUCGGUCUUGAGAGCAUGUUACUUGACAAAGAACGUACAAGAUACUUUGGUAAACCAAGAUACGCUCAUCAAAAAAGAUAAAUCACCUGUCACAGUUGCCGAUCUCUCUGCUCAAUCGCUCAUCUCCUUGCACCUCCUCUCGCAUUUUCCACAAGAUCCAAUUAUAGGGGAAGAGGAUACUUCCGAGUUGAGAGUCAAUGACGGAUUGAGAGAGAAAGUGGUCAAACUUGUUAGUGAAGGGUUCGAAAGAGAGGAAGGGUGGGGCAAAGGCAAGACCUUCAGUGAAGAUGAAGUGCUUAAAGCGAUAGAUGCUGGUUCAGCAGAAGGUGGAAACAAAGGUAGAUUCUGGACCAUCGUGAUCGACGGUACAUCAGGUUUCAUCCGACACCAACAAUACGCAGUCUGUCUCGCGCUUAUCGUCGACGGUCAAGUGGAAAUGGGAGUUAUCGGAUGUCCGAAUCUCGGUCCAGAACCAGCUAAGAUCGGUGAAGAGAUCAUUCCCAAUGGAAAGGGGGUUUUGAUGGUUGCCGUCAGAGGAGAAGGAAGUUUUUCUCGUCCACUCACUUCCCCAACCUACACCAAACUCUCCCUCCCUCCCACUCCACCAGCCUCCAACCCACUGACAUUCCUCGAGUCCGUCGAGUCUGGACACUCGGCACAUUCCAUCCAAGCUCGUAUUGGUGAAUUGUUAGAAGUGAAAAGACCAAGUUUGAGGAUGGACAGUCAGGCUAAGUAUGCUUGUUUGGGUAGAGGUGAAGGUGGUGUAUACCUCCGAAUCCCGACUAAAUACGCUGGUGGUAAAGAGUACGCCGAGAAGAUAUGGGAUCACGCCUCUGGAUCGUUAUUGAUCCAUGAAUCAGGAGGUAUAUGUACCGACAUGCAUGGUCAACCGUUAAACUUCGGUGUAGGAAGAACGUUGAAGAAUAACGAGGGAAUCGUAGCUGCCGGGAAAGAGAUUCACGGCAAGGCCGUUGAGGCUGUUAAGAAGGCUGUUGAGGAAGUCGGAGUUAAGAAGGAUUAA